AUGGUUAAAUAUUACUCCAACUCGUCGCCGCUCAUGCAUGGUGCCUCGAGCCGAGCCAGCCCAACUUGGAGGAGGAUUCUAAGAGCUAGACCCUAUGCGCAACCGCACAUCCAAUGGCUGGUUGGGGAAGGAAAACUUUACUUCUGGGAUGAUAUAUGGAUUGGCAACAAUACCUUGAGAGAACUAUUCCUUGAUGAGAGGGGCAGCCCUAGGAACCUCGUUUCGGAGUUCAUUAGGAACGGAGAAACUUGGGACGAGCCCAAACUACAGCAGCUACAAGACCAGGCCGGCCUACCUCAGCAUAUCAUUAUGAUGAUUAGGAAUACCCCAAUCAUUUUGGGGGGGCCGGACGUCCCAAGAUGGUCCUUAUCCCGUCUUGGCGAUUUCUCGGUGUCCUCUACUUGGGAUACUAUCCGCACACAGAGGCCGAUUGUACCUAGCCUUGAUGACAUUUGGAAGGCCAGACUCACCUCGUCCAUUUACAUUUUUGUUUGGAGACUCCUGUCGAAUCGAAUUCCAGUUGACACCAAGCUCCAAUGGCGCAAGAUUGAGCUGGCGUCUAAGUGCCUUUGCUGCCCCCUUAGACCCGGCACGGAGUCCCUCCAGCACCUCUUCAUUCAAGGCAGCGGGGCCUCGAGAGUAUGGAGAGAGUUCGAUGGCUGGUUUGAAGGAUCCUCUCCACCGCUACGCAUCAAUGACACUAUCCCGGAUAGGCUUGAAGUGUGGGCUCAAAGAACUCAUCAAACAAGUAAGAAACACUUGAGUCGAUCCAUGCCAUACCUCAUCUUGUGGUUCCUUUGGGCUGAACGAAAUAGGAGCCGCCAUCAAGAGACACAGUUCAAGCUGUUCAAUGCGAUUUGGCAAGUUCAAAUGUUUGUUCGAAACAGCAUCGCCAAUGGAAGUAUUAAGCCGAAGCAUUGGAAGGAUGUCAAGCUUGGCGUGUGCAGCCCAAACCGUGCUGAAGAAAGGCACCCCAUACCGCGUGCUUUGGCGGUGAAAUUGAACCCCCCGGACCACCCGUGGAUCAAACUUAACACGAAUGGUGCUUUCGUAGAAUCAACAAGGAGAGCAGGGGGUGGAGGCAUUGUUCGCGACCACUUGGAAAGAUUGGUCGCCGCCUUCACCACCCCUUUAGAUGCACAAUCAACUUUGGAGGCUGAACUCUUAGCCAUGCAUCAUGGAAUGUCCUUGGCCAGAGAGUUUGCCCAGCCAAUUUGGGUUGAAUCGGACGCGCCCAAGCAAUCAGCUAAGCCAAGGGUUUAA